AUGGAUCAGUACCCAACCUACCUCACGGGAAACACCGCAUUGUGUGCUGACAAACGAUGGGUGCUUGCAAGACAGAACCGGCUGGUGAUUCUUCCAGGAGUGGGCGAAGUGGAGACACUAUACCCCGUGGAGGCCGCGGAGGUCCUGCCUGUUAGCAUGGGGACUGUGGAUACAAGCAAGAAUAUGUGA